UAUUUAUGUUAUUUAUAAAUAUCUCUAUGUUAACGGACUGCAGGAUAGGUGAGAUAAAAUGUGUCACUCAGAGGUUUCUGAGGCCUGCUCGUCCAUCAGACUUGAAAGUGUCCACCACCCGAGUCUCACUGCGGCAGCUGGCGCUCUGACAAUGACUUGAAUGCUGAUGAUCGUGGAGAUCAACAAAGCAGACAAGGAGAGGAGGAGAUGAAACGCUUCCUGAGAGCUGAGGAGCAUGGAGAGCUGCUGACAGACUGCAGGGAGCUGUCACACAACCACACCGCCUCCUCCUCCUCCUCCUCCUCCAUCACCUCCUCCCCCCCAGCCCACAGACAAGCGGCCCUGUCCUCGCUCCAGACCCGGGGACCAGGCGGCGGGUCGGAGCCGAGGAGAUCCGCACUGAAACGCAGCCGAGGCGGCCAGGACGGACGUGAGGACCCGGAGGGGGCGGCGGCGGAUCAUCCAGCGGCUCCUGCAGCUGAGGCGGGUCCGGGGAUCGGUGUUCAGCGGCAGCUGCAACCUCAAGGACGCCGCGUCGGAGGACCAGAAGGUGUGGAGAUGAUUUCAGCGGUCGGCAGGGAUGCGGUCGGAAACAAUAACAACAGCGGCAUCUCCGAGGCGACUGCGGCCGCUCCUCCUGCGGUCAAAGGCAAGGAGGAGAGGAAGGGCAAGAACCUGAUCCGGGGCUGGAAGAGGGACCGGGACCCCACCGCUCCUCCUGCCCGGAUCAGGAAGGAGAAGCCCGGUGAUGAUGGCCCAUCUCCUCCGCUUUCCGUCUUUCUGCCGGAGCAUCACUUGGGCCCCGGACACUGCCUCGGCCCCGUGGCGGAGUCCCGGUUCCCUGCGGGAGAAAACCUCAACAUCACCGGUGCCUCCGGUAAACCAGCGCCGGACUGUGGAGUAAAGAGCGGCGGAGGAGCUAUUGUUGUCAGGCGGCUGCACGACGAGCCUCCGGCGGCCAAGAAACACAGAGGAGCCGAGAAGAUGGACCCAAUGUUUACAAUGCCAGCCCCCCCGGCUCCAGGCCAUGUCGGGGCCCCUGGAUCGUCCCUGCCCUCAGUCCCUUCAUUUUCCACUCCAGCCCUGCCCACUUCAAACCCAAAGCAGCUUACAGUCAGGACGCGGUCCGUUGGCACCAACACGCAGGAUGGCGGGAUUUCAGGAGCGCCGGAUGGUGACCCGGCCUUCUUAGGACCCUGUCAGCCCGGGACCAGCGUCAACUUGGAGGGAAUCGUGUGGCACGAGACAGAAGAAGGUGUGCUGGUGGUGAACGUGACUUGGCGAAAGAGGACCUAUGUGGGAACUCUGUUGGACUGCACCAAACACAACUGGGCUCCUCCAAGGUUUUGUGAGUCUCCUUGCAGUGAUCCUGAAUUCCCAGGUGGCCGUGGACGAGGUAAACGGAUGAGAAUGGCCAUGUCUGAGCGGUCCUGCAUAGAAACGUCCCGCGCCCCUAAAGUCAGGGGUCUUUCACACCACAGGAGCCGUGGAGGCGGUGUGGCAGGACCCAUCCACAGCAAGGGAAGGAGGGGCAGCCUGAAUCUCAUCAACAGCAAUGGCCGAGCACCUCCUUCCUUCUUCACGGUCGAUGAUGUUAGAGCCACCAAUGUGAGCUCCAAUAUCCCCGCUGGGAAGCGAAAGAACAAACCACCAGCUGACUUGGACCUUAGUCUUGUUUCCUCAGAUGACAUUAAAAAUGGGAAUGGAAAGAGGAUCCGAGCGAAAUCCCGGAGUGCCCCAUCAACGCCGUUGGGCAAAUCUGAUCCAUCUUUCAUGGAUCCAGGAGGAGGCUGUGCUUCCUCUCCUCCCCCACCAAUCCUCAUUGACUGCCCCCAUCCAAACUGCACUAAACGCUACAAGCACAUCAAUGGCCUGCGCUACCACCAGACACACGCACACCUGGAGGUGGAGGAGCAGAGGAAGCCUGAACUAGGUCCCUCGAAGGAUGGAGAGAGUGAGGAUCGACUAUCAGACUGCGAGGACAACAUCGGCAACGUGGCAUAUGAGUCCCCAGAGAACAGCACAAACACUCACAGCUCCUCAAAGAAACCUGCUCCUCUCUACAAGGUGACUACAGUGGGGUCUCCUAAGAACAGACGGUUACUCCUCAGCACUGACCACAGCCCCACAGCCAGCUCCAAAACCAGAAGAACCUCACUCCUGAAAGACGGUCUGAUUGAUGACCUCAGCAAUCUGCCCAUUAUCUCCAACAUGACAGUGGUUUUAGAGAACUGCAUGGUCCCAGACAGAAGCUCCUCUGUAGAGAUGCCCAAACUGGAAGCAGAAGGACUGAUUGAUAAAAAGGGAAGUGUAUCCGAUAAAGGUAAGAAGGCCAACGGAAAGGUGGAAAAACUGUCCAAGUCCAGGACUAACCGUCCAAUCGCUCCAGCUCCUGCUCCACCAAAGCUUAUUGCCAUACCCAACACGACAUAUCCGACUAGUACAGCUGAUGUUGCUGCGCCACAACAGCCUUCCCCAGUGGCUGCCGUAGGUCUCACCAGUAAAAAUAUUUCCCUAAAACCCAUUAAACCAAAGCUUAGUAUCGUAGUGGAGCCAAGCCUUGUCAAAGCCACAAUGGUCACUUGCAAAGAGACCAGGAAAAAGGAAAAACGGAAGCUAAAGGAUAAACAUAACAAAGAUCCAGCAAACAGGACUCCCAAUGGUGAUAGCAGUGUGAUCAAAGUGGAAGAUGUUGGAAUUGGACCUAAAGGGGGGAUUAAGGAAAUAUCUGGAAGCCUUCUGAAGGAGCACCUUAGUAAACAGGAUGUAAUAAACGGACUUACAGAGAGCCAGGAGAGCAGGAUGGCUAGCAUCCGUGCAGAGGCCGAUAAGGUCUACACAUUUACAGACAAUGCCCCCAGUCCUUCUAUUGGUGGUUCAUCGAGACUUGACUCGAGUCUAGCAGGAGAUGGCAGCAGCAAGAACGACAGCCCUGCCUACUCCGAUAUCUCAGAUGCCGGGGAUGAUGGGGGGUCUUCAGAAUGUCGCUCAGAAGGGCUCAGAUCCAAGUCCAGCUCCUCGUCUUCCUCUGAGGUGAGCACCAUUAGCAUCCAUGCUAACUCUGGUAAAACCCCUCCUACAGCUUUGAAGGAGCCCCAGUCCCCAUACUACCACAGCUACGAUCCCUACUACCUGCAAGGUUACAUGCAGCCAGAGAGGCAGAGCAGCGGGGCUGUUGCGUUUCACAAAAAUUCUCCUCACGACAGCAAAGGGAAAGACAAGAAAGAGGAAAUAAAAGACGAUGACAAAAACUUCUCCCAUGAGUUCACAGAUCCGAAGAAAGGUGACGGGUCACCUCAGUCUCAGCUCCAGCUGGCUAUGAGUCAGACCCAGACGGCUUUGGCUCAGUCUCUAUACUAUGGCCAGUACUCCAGAGGAUUGUACAUGGACCAGAAACUUUUACUGGGCUCCAAAUGCUGUGAUCAGACCCUCACUGCCAAGCAAAGGGGACAGGGGGUAAGGGACAGUGAGGAUGUUAAACAUUUGGUUGGAGUUUCAGCCAGUGGAGCCAUGCUAGGUAAAGGUUCAGAUGGUGCUAAAGGUUGCUGUGCCAAACCGGUGCUUUCCUAUGUGGAAAUGAGUGAAAGGGGAGAAAGGGGGCAGAGUCUGGGUGUAAAGGUGGUGCACAGUGGCCUGGUGGACCAGCACCAGGUCUCCAUGAAAGACUGUGAUGACAUCAAGUCACCCUCCUCCUCUUCUUCAUCCCUCCACAAUCCAAACAGUCAGACAGAUCUGGACUCUAAUGUUUCGUUUUCCAGUUCCCCAGACGGCCCCUCCUGGGUGCACCGCCUCGCGUACAGCAAAUAUUCAGAGCUACAGAGUCAGCACGGGGAGAAGGUUGAGGAGGGGGAAGCGGGCAGUGGGAAAGAAUGGGGAGCUACCGUGGAGCCUGCUGGUGACAAGAUGACCUCAGGUGGUGUUGGCGUAGAUGCUAACAAAUCCAGCGGUCAUGGGCUCCACGAUUUCCCACCCAUCAUUGACACAGAGGAUUCAGACCGAUACGAGGGGCUGGAAGACCAGGAUCAGGAACCAAUAGGAGGGCUGUCAGAGGAGUCCCAGAAUGCUAGGGCGGCAGUGUCUCCUCCUAUGACCCCCCAGCAGCCCUACAUCCAGUACCAGCAUUCUUCCUAUUCUCCCUACAUGGCGAUGUGUGAGGGCGCCGGGGGCUCCUACAGGGGAAUGUCCCCAACCCUGGUCCAGAAUUACCCAGGUUUCCACUACCCUCUGUACGGAAAGACGGCAGGCAGGGAGGAGUCGGAGGUGACUCCACCCGGCAGAGGAGAAACGGCGAGCGGCAAGCUGAUCGGCGAGUCGUCAUCCUCCUCUUCCUCCUCCUCCGGGGAGCUCCUGCAGCAGCCGAGCCAUCACUUCCAUGGAAAAUCCCCUGCUCCUGGCGAGAAGGGUUCACCUGAGGGAGAAAGAGAGCUCGAAAGGGAAAGGAACCACGUGUUGUUUGCUCGACACCUUCACACACACCACCACACACACCUGGGUAUGAGUUACAACCUGAUGUCUGGACAGUUUGAUAUCUACCAAGGUUUGAGCUCCAGGUCGCUGGUCUCCAGUCAGCAGGUGUCAGGACACUCCUCAGCAGGUGUGAUUAAAACUUUGGACCUGAACCCUGUACCCAUAACUGGGAAAUUAUUAAUUCAAUAUAUUCCCAUUGACAAGGAAGUAAAAAGUGAUGAGACAGCAGAUACAGUAUUAGAAACAAACUUUAUAUGUAAAGCACUUACUAUACACCAUUUGUGGAAAAUAAAACGUUGCCAACAUUCUAGGUAUAGAAACUCAGCAAUUCAUUUUUUUCAUAUUUAAAACAUGACAUAAAACAUGUAAAUAGAUGGUAGGUAUUUUCAGAUGUCAGUAAUUGAAAAUGUUCUGCUGGAAAGAUCUGCUCUUGGUUUUCUAGAAUAAAUUGGCCUUAAUAAAAUGCAAACAGAGAACAAAUGAUGUGGGGAACUGUCUCAUCUUAAAGACGUUCUGCUGUCUUAAUAAAUCCAACUUUGAACUGCUGCUCUUUGGGGAGAAGAACCUCACUGAAUAAAUGAUCCUCCGGUGGUGGAGUGUAUAGUAAAAUAAAAAGAGUAAACUAAUGCAGAUGGAACCAGCCAGGACGUUUGAGGGCAUAAUGUGAUGAUUAUCUGAUGCUUUUAUGAUUGUAGUUAACUGUAAAAGGUUGUGGGGUAGAAGAGAUUAACAGAAGUAAUGAAGACAGAGGAAGAACACAGCUCACCAUCAGAGGAGACCCCCAAGGAGAUCGCUUCAUUUCCUCCUCAUCCUGAGAAAACACUGUUUUGUUGCAUUGCAACAACACAAAUAGUUUUGGAUGCUUAAAUCAACUUAAUUCUGUCAUUUAGACUUUACCGUGAGCAAAACACAACAUUGAAAAAUCCUGUCAACAAAAUUAACGAAGGUGUAAUUUCAAUAAACAAAGGUGUAAUUUCAUCAUAUUUUUGAGGCUUUAGUUUGUCUCUUUUAUUGUAUUAGUUGCCUAGUGGGUCCCUCCUGUUGUGCCAAUGCUUAACUUGCAUCAUUUUAAUUUCUACAUAGGAACAGUAGAACAAAUAGUUUUGACUAAGUAUUUGGUAAACAAGUGGAGAAUUCAAACACAGUCCUAGGUCUGGUAUGGAGAUCCCCUAUAGCUGCACUUUAGCAACAGAAGCAUUAACUGGUGGAUAUGUAUGGCAUGCUUUUAUAUAUAUAAUACACAGUAUCAAAGAAACAUCCUUUAACAUGUUAAAACUUUGUUUCCUUCAUCCUCACUCUCUCCUGUUUUAAACAACUUCUUGUCAUGUUAUUAUGUCAGAUCUAAACACUUCAGCUGAUGUUGUUGGUCUGUCUCCAAAGGCUCCAGCUGGCAUCAAAAUCACCGCAGAAUCAAGAUCAGUGAGAACAGAAAUACACACAGUGUUAUUGAGCCUGUUUCUUCAGUCCCAGAGGGAUUUUCCCAUUGAAUGUAAACCCUGACUGGUUUCUCUCUGAAGUCCAGGAGAACUGAAUGUUCCAAAUGCACCUAAACAUCUUCAUUUUGUCUCUUUGUCUCCACAGACAGUGAAGGGAAGAAGUAGAACCAUGUGACCGCGUCUCACAUGAGGGAUGGCAGAUUUAUCAGACAUCAAUUCCUUGGUGUGGAAUAAGCUUCGCCUCGUUGAGAGGCAGGGAACAAACAAACAGAAAAACCUCUUUUAUUUCUUACUGCUGACAGCCACCGGUUUUAUAACACGUCACAGAGGAGCAGAUGAGGUGGUGAGGGACACAUCGCAGAAAAUAGACUUUUUUUUUUUUUUUUUUUUAAAGGUGGGACUUCUUGUAUAAACCCAGACGUCAUCGUUUUGAAAGAGGCACAUCCUAGAGCCCCGUGCACUCAGCUUUACCUCUGCUGUUGUGUUUAACUUUAUAAAAUGCACAUUUAUUGUAGUGUAACAUAAUGACGAUAUGACUGAAUGUAAAGGUAAUAACUAUGUGGAUCCUCUUUUUUUAAAGCCCUGUUGGGACAAAAACAGCAUUAGGAAGCUAAAAAGUGUAUAAUUACUGUUCUCAUUCUGAUAAUUGAAGUGGUCCUCCCUCCCUCAUAGUGCUGACACUACAUUUGUAUAACUAACCUGUACUUGAGUGUAACCAUGUUGAUUGUAUUGUCUUUAUGUGGGAGUAAAACCUUCACAUCAACCUACCCAGUGCCAUUUACGAACCCCAGUGGUGUAAAUAUAUUCUGUACAGAUUUAUGGCAGAGCAUUAACAAGCUUACUGUGUUGAUCUCCAUCAGCCAUGCAGGGAUGCAGGGGGCAAAGCAGGAGUAUCUAACACAAAGCAGAGCCACUAGCCUGUUUAUUACUCUCAUCAUCUUAUUUUUUUAAGUUACAUUUUUUAUGACAACCUCAUGUUUACUCGCUUUAACCGCCUUUUAGUUCAGAUGAAAAAGCAUUGAAUCUGAAAACGAUACAUUUUGUACUGAACAAUCAAAACCUCAGAUAUCAAACUUAAUUUUAGAAAAUUGCGAUUUGAUAAAAACUAGUCCAAAUUUAGACCAUGUGGCUAACACCUCAAAACCUUUAAAUUACUACCCUGACUGCUAGGUAUUCUUGCUAAUGUGAAAUGAAAUUGAUAAUUUUUUGCUGAACUAAAUGUUAAUUUAAUAGACAGCUACAGUAACAACAUGUUUACCGUACUUUAAAUUAAACUAAAGUCGGUAGUAUUUUUAAGGGAUGCUAUUCUACUACAGGUGCCUCUACCACGGCUAUAUUAGCUUGUCAGUUAGCGGGUAGCAUCUUAGCAGCGUGAUGUUUGGCAACAACAUCAAAAUAUAAAAAAAUUAUAAUAGAAACAAUAAAAUUAUUAUUUGUAUUUAUAAUUUUAAUAUGCAUAUUUUUUGUUAAUAAAACUGUUUAAGCAAACAUAAAUGGAGUGACUAGACUUGGCUAGCUGUUAGCUUGCAAGCCGAAUGUGCUAGCUGACACUCCUGGAUUGAGUUUGACACUUAUUUAUAUUUUACAAGGAAUAUUUCAAUCCUCUGGGGAGUUGACAGUAUAAAUUUAAAUAUUUGCUGCAGCUAAACCUGCUUAUGAAAUAAAUACUUAGCUAUUACUUAGCAUCUAUUAAAAGCUAGUUACACUACCUACAUCAGUUUAGCCUUAACCACACCUACUAGCAGGUGCUAAAGUGGUGCUUAAAUACUAUUUUUCAUUGGUUUAAACAAAACUAUAUCGUAAUUCAAAUUGUUUUUUAAAUCACAUUUUUAGGUCACUAUUGUUCUCAGAAACGUAGUGUUUUGUGAUAAAAGUUAUAAAGUGGAUUACAUUUAAUUAAACUAUUCAGUCAGUCAGUCAGUCAUUUUCUAGCACUUCUUCCACAGUGGGUCAUUGGGAAGCUGGUGCCCAUCUCCCACAGGCUAACUAUUCGGUUCAGUUAAAUUCAGUUUAUUUGCACAGUGCCAAAUCACAAUAAAUAUUGUCUUAUGACACUUUAUAUUAAGACCCAAUUUAAAUCCAGUUUAUAUUGUGUUCCAGAAAGUCUGAUUCUCAUUUGUAUUAAUUUAAGUUUAACAACAGCAUUAGUAAUAAUAAUAAUAACAUUUGAUUAUAAAUGAUUUACAAGAGCGUCCUUGACAAGACAGGCAACAGCACAAUUUAAGCCAAUUAGCAGUCUCUCAUCUUGAAGAAGCAUAGGGCAACAGUGGAGAGAAACAAUUCCCUUUAUUAGGUAAAACAUUAUCAUGUGUAAACUGCAAAAUUCCUAGUUUGCCUUAAAUUCCAACCUUUUUAUUUCAACUUCAAGUUUUUUUAAUCAUCAUUUCUCACUGACAUUACAUGCUGUGUUUUUAGUAUUACAGACAUGGACAAAAAUGUUGCCCAAAUAUUACGUUUUAACCUCAAUAUAAAGUUUAUUGAAAAAGCGAAAUAAGAAUCAGUGUUCAGCUGAUAUGUUUACAAACAGAUCAUACCUUCUUUGUUUAGGUAAACUAGGAAUUUUUGACCAAAAACCAAAUAUGUCACUUUGUUGUUUGUUACAAGACAGAGUUUAAUGCUUCAGUACUUUGUUCCUUUAAAUGUGUAAGUUGUUUGUUAGAACAUUUACAUGCAGCAGGACUGUAUUUUACAGUUAAGGAAGAAGAGUUUUUACAUGCAGCUUGUUAAGGUUUUUAUUGGUUGCAGCUUUACCUGAAUAUUUCAGGUUUGAAGAUGUUUUAUUUUUAUUACUUAUUGACAACUAGCAUGUUACAAGAAACAAUGGCUGACUCGAUAUCUGAUGAUGAUAAAUGGAUGCACAAAGUAAAUACUUUUGAAAGUGUAAGGUACAUAUUUGUGUUGUUAGUGAGUGUGGUGGAUGUUUUGCCUGUUUCCUGCUCCCAUUCUUCCUGAAAGCUAACUAGCUCACAGCAGAGCCUCUGAUAAACACAAUCAGCUUUUACCUCCAAAACUAUUUAUGUGUUAUAUGUUUAUCUGAACACCUCGGUGUACAAUUAUUUAACUUAAAAAAAAGCCUAAAAGAUGUUUGUCAGUAUCAAAAAUAAAAAGGAUGGUCAUAAACUUUUUCAUUUAAAAUAUCUAGUUUAUGCUCUUUAGUCAAUAUAAGGCCAAUUCUGUUAAAUUUGAACAGAGCUACUGGAAACACUACAGUAGCUGACAGUGGACUGAGUUCUGCAUGUUUUCUCAUUGAUUGGACAGUUAAAGGCAUUUAGCAGCACUUUCAUCCUUGCAGACCUCCAAACAUGCACCAUGAGGGACUUAACGAAUGUUAUUUUAAACUAAUCUUUAAAUUAUUAACUUCAUGCUUUUACAUACAGCAACAAUCUAAAGAUCAAAACAAGGCUGACAGCAAUCACCCCAAUACUCCAGCAUAUCUAUCAGCGGCUCUGCCUCACUAACACAACACCUUACCUUCAUAGUAUCCGUGGUCAUUUUAUUACUUGAAUUUAGUGCUAUGGACUCUGUUUACAAACUUCUGUCUACUUUUUGGAGACAUCAUUGUUGUCUCAUAGAGGCUGCUUGAUAUGUUGAGUUCAUCCGCCUGAUGUAUCCAGUAAAUAACGCUCAGAAACUGUAUAAACAUAAGUCCUGCUGUUGCUUUUUUAUACUGUAUAUGCCUUAAUUCAUAUGGUUGGCAAUCAUGAUUAAAGGAUGUUUAUAUAUA